AUGAUCCUCGUCUAUCCGUCAGAUCAACGGCUUCAGUGCAUUCUGUGGAGGGAUACUCCGAACGAACCUAUCCGCACGUUUCAGUUAGCCACAGUACCGUAUGGGACAGCAUGUGCUCCGUACUUGGCGACCAAGUGUCUGCAACGGCUGGCAGAACUUGAGGCCGAGAGAUAUCCUGUGGCGGCGAAGGCAAUGAAGGAGGAUUACUAUGUCGACGAUAUGCUGAGUGGAGCCGAUAACCUUGAAGCCGCUACGCAGUUAACCAGAGAAAUGCUCGAGCUUGCUUCCUCCGGUGGUUUCACUUUGCGAAAAUGGAACUCCAAUUCCAGCGCACUCCUGGAUCAGUUACCAGAGAAUCUCGUCGACCGCCGGCCGGAGCUUGAGCUGGAUACUGCGAACACUCCAGUGAAGACACUCGGGCUGCUCUGGGACACCAUUUCAGACAGUUUUCUCUUCCGUUCACCUGUGUGGAACUCAGAGGCACCCAUCACCAAGCGAAUUGUGCUUGCGGACACAGCUCGUUUAUUCGAUCCCAUCGGCCUAGUGGGACCUGUCAUCGUCGCAGCGAAGAUAUUCGUUCAAGACCUGUGGAAGCAGAAGUGCGACUGGGACGAACCGUUAUCCGAAGCAUUCCAGAAUUUUUGGAUCGAGUAUAGGAGAAAUCUCUCCGCCCUUUCGUCGUUAUCGAUUCCUCGAUGGGUGGCGUUCAGUACGGAUCUGGCGUCCGUUCAGGUUCAUGGCUUCUGCGAUGCUUCUAACAAGGCGUAUGGAGCAUGCCUCUACCUCCGCAGUACUACCUUCGGCGGUUCCGUAGAAGUGCGCCUCAUCACAGCCAAGUCCAAGGUCGCACCACUUGAAGAUCUGAAGCGGAAGAAAAGGGUUCAGACCACUCACCGGCUGGAACUCUCCGGAGCAUUGCUGCUCAGUCAUUUAUACGAAAAGUUCGUCGCCAGCACAGCAAUUCAGCACACCGCCUUCUUUUGGACCGAUUCGACGAUCGUGAUGUACUGGCUGUCGUCGCUGCCGUCACGCUCAGCUACAGUACGAAAGGCAGUGGUUCGAGGGACCGCUGUGCUUCGUCAGGACGCGAGCAUCUGGCCGUCCAAGGCUCCAGAAGAGGAAAUCGAUCCUGCCAUACUGGAAGAGAAGAAGGUCGUUGCGCUCCCAGCGACGGCUGAGUCCGUUAGCGAAAUAUUCAGUCUCCGUUCAUCGCUGUUCAGUUUAGUCAGGUUGGUCGCUGGCAUCCGCCGGUUCGUGCACAACACACAGCACGACAGACAGGACAGACGCACAGGGUGUCUGACGUUCCCUGAACACGAGCAGGCCUUGACAUUCCUGGUUCAGCUGGCGCAACAAGAAGCCUUUCUAGCUGAGAUAGCAGCGUUGAACAAGAACAAUCCAGUCAGUCCAUCGUCUUCGAUAAGCAGGUUGAAUCCAGUUCUCGUCAGUGGAAUCCUCUGUGUGGGAGGCCGACUAGCCAAGGCGCCAAUGUCAGCGAUUCGGAAACAUCCGAUGAUUUUGAGUCACCAUCAUCCACUGGCAAGGUUGGUCCUGCACUACUACCAUUGCAAGCACUUUCAUUCCGGAUUGCAACUUCUCGUGUCCACCGUUCGUGAGCGUUUCUGGAUCACGCGCAUCAGGAGUCUUGCUAAUUCUGUAUUGCACGAAUGCGUUCGUUGCUUCCGAACCAGGCCGAAGGUGCUAGACCAGCUUAUGGCUGAUCUUCCGUCGGAACGAGUCUCUCCGGCACCUCCAUUCCUUAGAGUAGGCGUGGAUUAUUGCGGACCGUUCCUGAUCAAAUACCCUGUUCGUCGCGCGACUCCCACGAAACAUUACGUCGCCAUUUUCAUCUGCCUCGUUACGAAGGCAGUCCAUCUCGAGUUGGCUAGCGAUCUUACCAGCGAAGCCUUCCUUGCCGCCUUCAAAAGGUUCGUGGCUCGCAGAGGAAAACCGAUCCUGGUCAUGUGCGACAACGCCACAAACUUCGUGGGAGCCAAGCGCCAACUGGAUGAAUUACGGCAGCUGUUCAUCGACCAAACGUUCCAGGAGUCCAUCGUCCGUGGAGCGAUCGAGGGCGGCAUAGAAUUCCGCUUCAUUCCAGCAAGAUCCCCCAACUUCGGUGGUCUUUGGGAGGCCGCCGUGAAGUCUUUCAAGGGUCAUUUCAAGCGUACCAUCGGCGACCGUGUGCUGCAGUACGACGAGAUGAUCACCGUGUUGCCACAAGUUGAAGCGAUCCUCAACUCCCGGCCCCUCACGCCGGUCAGUAACGAUCCGUCGGACUUCGAAGCGUUGACGCCAGGUCACUUCUUGGUUCAGCGACCGUUGACAGCAGUUCCAGAUCCAUCUCUAGAAGAUCUGCAGCGGAAUCGGCUGUCCAUGUGGCAGCAAGCGCAAGACUACGUUCAGCAAAUCUGGACCAAGUGGUCCACUCAGUACUUGUCCGAUCUCCAUAACCGGACCAAAUGGACCCGGAAACGGGACAACAUCUCUGUUGGGACUCUAGUCCUACUCAAAGAAGACAAGCUUCCGCCACUAAGGUGGAAAUUGGGCCGCGUCAUUCAGAUCCACCCCGGAUCAGAUGGUAACAUACGCGUUGUUACUGUGAAGGCCCAGGGCGGCGAGUAUCAGAGGGCCAUUUCGAAAAUUUGCGUCCUUCCGAUCCGCGACAACCUGGAGUCUGAGCAGAUCUAA